GCGCCGCCUCCCUCCCCCUCCUCCCCACACGCCACCCGCACGCGCGCCAUGGACGCCAUGAGGCAGAGCACGCCGCGGGCCAUGCUGCUCCUGUGCGCCGUGCUGAUGCUGGCCGUGGCGCCGCCGGGCGCGGCGACGGCGGCGGCGGUGGCCGGGUGCGAGUGCGGUAAUGCGGCGGCGGCGGCGGUGGCGGGGGAGGACGCGCGCGGGGCGUUGCGGCUCAAGCUCGUCGCCAUCGCGUCCAUCCUGGCGGCGGGCGCGGCGGGGGUGCUGGUGCCCGUGCUGGGGAGGUCGUUCGCCGCGCUCCGGCCCGACGGCGACGUGUUCUUCGCCGUCAAGGCGUUCGCGGCGGGCGUCAUCCUCGCCACCGGCAUGGUGCACAUCCUCCCCGCCGCGUUCGACGCGCUCGCUUCGCCGUGCGGCGGAGGCAGGGGCGGCGGAGGCGGGUUCCCGUUCGCCGGGCUCGUCGCCAUGGCCGCGGCCAUGGCCACCAUGAUGAUCGACUCCGUCGCCGCCGGGUACUACCGCCGGUCCCACUUCAAGAAGCCGCGCCCCGUCGACGACCCCGCCGACGCCGCGCGCGCCGCCGGGGUCGAGGAGGGCGGCGCCGAGCACGCCGGCCACGUCCACGUGCACACGCACGCCACGCACGGCCACGCCCAUGGCCACGUGCACUCGCACGGCCACGGCCACGGCCACAGCCACGGCAGCGCGCCGGCGGCCGCCACCUCGCCGGAGGAUGCCUCCGUCGCCGAAACAAUCCGGCACAGGGUUGUCUCCCAGGUUCUGGAGCUGGGAAUCCUGGUGCACUCGGUGAUCAUCGGGGUUUCGCUAGGCGCAUCACUGAGGCCGUCGUCAAUCAGGCCACUCGUCGGAGCCCUCAGCUUCCACCAGUUCUUUGAAGGCAUUGGCCUUGGUGGCUGCAUUGUUCAGGCAAAUUUUAAGGCGAAAGCAACAGUGAUCAUGGCGACUUUCUUCUCCCUCACUGCUCCGGUGGGCAUUGCACUGGGGAUCGCAAUCUCAUCCAGCUAUAGCAAGCACAGCUCGACCGCACUUGUCGUCGAGGGAGUCUUCAACUCUGCUGCAGCAGGGAUACUGAUCUACAUGUCCCUGGUCGAUCUCCUCGCUGCAGAUUUCAACAAUCCGAAGCUUCAAACAAACACAAAGCUUCAGCUGGCAGUAUACCUCGCCCUCUUCCUCGGCGCUGGGAUGAUGUCUCUGCUUGCCAUAUGGGCAUGAGAUCUUCAGAGCAACCAAGAGCUGCAAAUUUUUGAAUAUUGUCUCUGAAAAAGACACCCUGAGCUUAGUUUGUAGCUGACAGGGUUUGAUGUUGUCAUAGCAUUACUGCAACCAGCUUUUGUAGAAUCUCCAUCAACCAGAAUUGGAGAAAAAGAUGGCCUGAAUACGACCGAAAGUUUAGAGUUUACUGACAUGAGUACACAAGUCAAAAGUUCAGGACAAAUCUGAUUCUUGGGCAAAUGGUGUGCUUCCACCAGUAUAGCACCAAAUGAAGUGAACAAGAAUCAAAUGGGUUAGUCGAGGUAGUGGUCCUUGAACAGAUUUUCUCUUCAAGUCCAAAAGCUUUGUAUAAAAAUGAUGACCUCCUUUUGGAGUCAAUGUCAAUGUACAGAUUCUCAGCUAGGGUAAAUCCUUUUUGUAUGACAAGAGCUCUGUGAAGUUUGUUCACUUGUUCAGUGAAGAAUCAAAUAAUCCCCAGCGUUGUCUCCUUUUUCUCUA